UCCAAAUCUUGCAGCACUUGUUGUGUCUUGUCGUCACUUUGGAGACAGAUAAGCGUUGACGGAAGACUGGAUUUAUUUUUAAUACAUUAGAGAUUUGCAGGAUUUAACAGUACUUUCUCUCAUAUAGGCUGUAUACCAAAACAUUACUUUUCUGAAAUACAUUUGAGUGUUGUCGUCUGCGUAUAGCCGUCGGACCGGCCUAUUCGGCAUUGUUUUUUGGGGCGACCGUUAUCCAGCAACAGAGCCAGACAGGAAGAGAAAGGUAACUUAUUCCACGAGCCUAUUUAGACCGACCGGAGAUAAAUAGAGGAAACAUUCGUAAUUAGAAACAGUUACGUAAUCAGGUAAAGGUGGACCGUCACGGAUACGUCUGGUAUCCAACAACAAGUCAACCUUCAGCCUGUCAUAAUUUUAUUUUUGUGAUUUUAUACGGAGAAAAUUACCGUCCGUGUUCAUGCCAGAUCUGCAGCGCUUUAGUUUUCCAUACCAUAGCAUGAAUCCUUUGUUAGGGGCGAACUCGCUUCUCCAACAUCAACAGCAGCAGAACCAAGGAGGACMGAGUCAUCCGGAUUCCCCCUCAGGCCUUCUGCCCGAAKCCGUCUUCKGCUCRCYCGACCCGACRUCYUUCUUCCUGGGCGACCAUCCCGGACUGGGUACGGAGACUCUGCCAGGGUUCGAUUUCACCACACCCUCACAAGCUUACCUGCAUCUGAACCAUAAUAACCACUCUUAUCACCGGUCUGUGCCCCAACCUCCUGCAGCGAUGGCCCUGAGGAACGACCUGGGCUCCAAUAUCAGUGUCCUAAAGACUCUGAACUUACGGUUCCGAUGCUUUCUGGCCAAAGUGCAUGAACUUGAGCGAAGGAAUAAGAUUUUGGAGAAACAACUACAACAGGCGUUGGAUGCGAAGAACAGCUGUGAUGGAAGUUGUUCUGAAAGCGCUAGACGGGCCCAUACCCAAGAAACGGGUGUACAGACCGGGUUUGUGGGAACUAUCCCGCUCAGGCCCGGGUCACUCCCGUUCCAAAACACCAACAACUCCGCGAGACGACCCACUACCCUCUUCACACCUGCCMUCAACACUGUCCUCACGCUUGAGUCCAACAACAAAGCUGGAACAAACCCCACCGAACCGAAUCAGAAUCCGACCAUCACGGUAAGCCUAUCAACCCCGACAAUCGACUCUCCAGCUGGGUCCAAUUCAAUCACCAACGGGAAAACGGUUUUCAGUACCAGUACUGGCACUGGAACCCCCACCAACCCGCCUCCCCGGUUCCUCCCCGGUACUAUCUGGUCCUACAACCAUACCCGCAAGCUCGGUUCUGGCGUGGAGACGCGCGUCACCAGCCCGGGUGUGUCCUGGGUCCAGCCGGACGGGGUCGGGGUCCAGAUUGAUACCAUUACCCCGGAGAUCAGAGCCCUGUACAACGUCCUGGCCAAAGUCAAGAGGGAGAGAGACGAGUACAAACGCAGGUGGGAGGAGGAGUACACUGUCAGAGUGGACAUGCAGCAGAAGAUGGAAGACCUACAGGAGGACCUCCAGGAGAGUGAGGGCUGUCAGGAUGAGUUGGCUGUCAGAGUGCAGCAGCUGAAGGCUGAACUGGUGCUCUUCAAAGGCUCAAACAUGUCUGAUCUGGACAGUAAGAUCCAGGAGAAGGCCAUGAAGGUGGACAUGGACAUCUGUAGACGCAUCGACAUCACGGCUCGCCUGUGUGACGUGGCCCAGCAGAGGAACUGUGAGGAUGUCAUCCAGAUGUAUCAGGUCUCUAACACCCAGUCUGCCAUCAACUGUCGCCCCCGGAAACAGACCCCGCUSUMCGUCAACAGUAGUGAGGGUGAUGAGACUAUCAGCACYUCGGAGAGYGAUGGGGGCCUGCCCAGAGAGGAGGAGCUCUGUGGCUCGUCAGCCAAUCAGAUCAACGAGGAAAUGCARAGGAUGCUCAACCAGCUGCGGGAGUGUGAGUUUGAAGAUGACUGUGACAGCUUGGCCUGGGAGGAGACAGAGGAGACUCUGCUGCUGUGGGAGGACUUCCCAGGAUGCACUCUGGCUCCAGAGACCACCCACCAGCCAGGAGAGCAGGAAGACCAGUGUCUGGAGAAGUGAUUAACGACACGGAGGACUAUUCAAAUCCAGGGAGAAGGAAUACCAAAGAGACCAUCCGAUCAGAUUGAGGU